AUGAAUGGUAUCCUCAGAUUGGAGCAAAUGGAAGAUACCCCGCUAGAGGACUUAUCUGCUGACUGGACCGCAGGCGCCCGAGGUGACGACACAAAAACAUUAAAAUCUGCAAUUCUUGAUUGGAUUGCCCCCAAAGGAGCAGCAAUCCAGCCUCCUCUACAUAGAAACUCGAAAAUUGACCGCAGAUUCAAUCAUGAACUUACAGGAUCACUGCUUUGUCCCGCUGGGCUGAAUUGGAAUGACUCAGAGACAAGAGAGAAUCUCCAAAGCGGUGAAAUGUCAGUUUGCGGGGAUCAAUGGCCCAUUUUUUUGUAUGCCCAUUAUACUUAUGACGUUGAUGACCCAUGGUGUGGUCUUCUUAGGAGCCAUUUACUUGCUUAUAAGCACAUUUUCACAUCCCCAAGUUCGGUCGACAAAGAGCCAAAAGCCACGCAAUCCAGAAAUGCUCAACUCCAUGGCAUGGGUUCAGUCACUAUUGCAUCGAUGGCCUAUAUUGCAACACAGGUCCGAUUCGCUCUAAGCUCUUCCUCGGUGUUUUCACGAACCAACACGACCACAGAUUCAGAGACAUUCUACCACAGCCUCCUUGAUCUCUUCGAGGACCCUGAUGAGUCUACAGAAGUCGAUGAGCUGCUGACGUGGUGGAAUCGCCAAGUUUUCCCUAAUUCCUCUGCCGCCAAGCGACCUAUCACUGCUAACAGUGUCCUAUCAAAGAUUCGGCUUAAACGACUUGCAGCCAAACAAGCUACAGAUUCGAAUCCGUCAUAG